ACCCAUACACAGUCUCCUUCCCCUCCAAAGUUGACUUUUGUGAAGAUUCGGUGUUCUUUUGUUCCCUCCAGCAGUCUCGACCUCGGCACAAAAGCAGACUCCAAGAUUGAAAUCAUCAACAGCAGUAUUGGGUACAAUUCCAAUCUUCAUGCAGGAGUCAAGAUAAUGAAAUCGAUGAUCCCACCAAGGUCCAAUGUUUCUGAUAGUGUCUGCGAUUGGAAUCAUUCAGACACGUCACGGACGGUCAGCAGUCUUACCUUGCUUCUUCCAGAAGUAGAACAGCAACUGCUGAAUACGGUCCUUUUCUUCAGCAUUAUCCCCUCCUAUGAGAUUGGUCUUGCUGCCACAAAAAUUUCCUCCUUGACUAUUGUUGUAUUGGGUUUGGCUUUGGCUGUCACAGUACAACUAUUUGUUUGGAUUCUUUUGACCCAUGCAGUUGAGAAGAUCUUAUUGAUUCUGCCACACUAUGCUCAGCAGGGCUUCUUUGGUAUCUACAUCAACCAUGUAAGACAAUUUUCGCGCAGGGAAUUGGCUUUGGAUGGUUCUCUAUGGACACCCAUGUUUGCCUGCUGUGCUCGAUUCAUGGGAGCUGAGGUUGAUGGUGACCUCUGGUACUUUGGUAAUUCUCUUUAUGAGUAUGGUAAACUUCACUUCAAAGGCAGCGUGAUUGUGGACAUUCCCAUGUUAGUGGACACUACAUUGAGCAAUGGGCUGCAUUGA